AUGGCGAGACCAACAACCUCAAAUCCGCUCGAGCUCGACGGCCGAACCCUCGAAGGCGGCGGCCAGCUGAUCCGCAUCGCACUAUGUCUCUCCGCUCUGACAGGCACUCCCAUCCGCAUCUCGAACGUCCGCGGCAAUCGAUCCGGCGGCGGAGGUUUAAAAGCACAGCACAUCGCCUGCGUCGAGUGGUUGGCGAGAGCAUGCAACGCGACAGUCCACGGCGCUACGAAGGGCAGCCAGACUCUCCUAUUCCAGCCGGGCAGAUAUGAAGGCGAGCUGUCUCCCGUCUUCACAAAACGCACUCUGGACGACGGCCGACAAGUCUACGAAUGUCGAGUCGACAUGACUUCCGCUGGAAGCACCGCCCUCGUCCUGCAAGCCAUUCUUCCCUUCAUCCUCUUCUCGCGUCUACCCUCACGACUACCCAUCCACCUCCACCUCAGCGGUGGUACGAACAGUUCCGGCUCGCCUUCAUUCGAAUACAUCACCUACGUCCUGCUGCCUACUCUCCACCGAAUCGGCUUCCCCGAAAUGAAGGCGACUCUCGGCCAACGAGGCUGGAGUCAAGGAGCCACCAGCAUCGGCGAUUGGACUCUUGAAAUCCCUCCUCGCUCUUCUCUCAUGCUUCCAACGUUCACCUACCAGCCUACCGACCCAUCCAUUCCACCCUCCCUCCCCUCCCACCUCCACGCCAUCUUCCUCGGUCCCGCAGCCUGCCACGACCAAGUCUCCGCCCUCCUCCUCCCGCAAAUCCACCAGCACUUCUCCCCAUACUUCACCACCUCUUCUUCCAACUUCACCCUUACCCUUCACGACUCCCACCACCCAAAACGCAUCUACUUCAUCCUCAUCGCCACGAUUCCCAGCUCUUCCUCUUCCUCCGUCUCAUCAACCUACACCCUCGCCCGCGACAACCUCCAACUCCGAAAAUUCCCCACCGUACCCAUCAUCCUCUCACAAAUCCUCCCUCGCGUAACAGCCGAGUUGGCUUCCGACUGGCGUUCCGGAGCGUGGGUGGACGAACACAUGCGGGAUCAGCUGGUGAUAUUCCAGGCGUUGGCGGAAGGGAGGUGUGGAGUUUUCCCAGGAAGGAGAGAGGAGGAUGUAGAUUUGAGAGAGCCGAGUCUGCAUGCCCGGACGGCGGAGUGGGUUGCGAGGAGCAUGUUGGGCGUGAGGUUCGAUGCGCAGGGUGUUUGUGAGGGUGUUGGGUUUGAAGGAGAGGACGUGCUAGUUGAGAGGUUGGAGAAGUUGGAGGUUGAGUAG